AUGGCGCCCGACGUGCGAUGUAAUUUGUGGCUGUUUUUGCGAAGAAUGAAAGCUUGUAUCGACGAAUUUCAACCAAAUACAAGUCAAGGAAAUUAUUUUGAAAGAUUCUGGAGGAUAACAAGCAAAACAAACACGAAAAUCGAGGUAAGAAAACAGUUUGAAUCUUGCGUGCCGAUCGCCGAUUCGUCUUAAUUAGUCUGCAGCACAUGUUGUUGAAACGCAACGAAUUUCUUCUUGCCUUCGCUUAGCUUUUUGCCUUCAAAUCCUUGCUUAUUUUGAUGAAUUAUAUCAGCAAAUUCAUGUUGAUAAUUCGAUGGAAACCUGAGAAAACAAAGCGUCUUUUUAAAUGUAUCGGUCAAAUCGAAGCUUCAACAUCCCCUCCCCCCGGCCAUUUGACAUCUUUGCCGUCCCGGGGAGGAGGGAAUUUGAUUAUCAGAGUCUUCCAGGGGGUGGGGAAUUUGAUCCCCGUGUGACAGAGGUGGGGAAUUUGAACUGCAUCCACGAUUUCAUGUGAAAUCUCUGACGUGGUGAGCUAUCAUGGGGGACACGGUGUUGAGGAUUUUCGCGGAAAAGAUUGUGCCUUUGUGGCCAAUUGGUUACAAAGAAAUGGGUUAAACAAGCUUUGUGCCGUAUUUGAAGGUAUUUACAUUUUAAUAUUUUUAAUAUUGGAUUCUGGCUUUUAAUAUGAAUAAUACUUUGACCUGCUGCAUCUCAAUGGGAUUUUUUUUAUAGAACGUUUUGUAUGUUGCAUGACAAGAAAGAAAGAAAAUCUGAGCAUUCAGUGACCUUGUAGCAGCGAUUUCCGCCGCUUUGCACAAGAAUUUUGUUCGUAGUCAAUACGCUAACAGUGUAUCUCAGUUUCUGUUAUAUUGAAUGCAAUUUAUUUGCUGUAUUUAUAAAUAUUUUGUUCGACAACUGAAGGCGUUUCUACCGUCCUUCUGUCAUUUAUGUGCCUGUGGAAUGUCCCCAGGGUGGGGGCAUUUGAUCACCUGAACGGACCCUAGUGUGGGGCAUUUGAACGGCAUUUUGGCCCGAGCGGGGGGGAAUUUGAACAGUAAUUUUCAAUAAAGUCAAAUGCCCGGGAGGUUGCCCGGGGGGGGAUGUUGAAGCUUUGGUUUGACCGAUACAUAAAUUUGUAGAAAAUUCCAAGCCGCCCUAUAUUUUCGAACGAUUUUCUGGUUGUUUUGCUUAGAUAUUGAAAAAAACUAUUUGUUACCACCAUGUUACACAAAAAAGACAAAUUUCCUGGCCAAAUGACAUUCUUUUUAAAUUUUGAAACAUUUUUAUGCAGAAAUUUGCCUUGUUAAUUUUUUUUGGCGGAAUAUUAUGAGUUUCCUGAGACGGAAUUUUUUUUUUUUUCUGAAAAUUAAAUUUUUGCUCUUUCCAAUGAAGUGUAGCUUUAUAUGGAACUGCAAAUAACAACAGAGAUAUAAUUUUUUAAAGUUGCAUUGUCAAUAAUACUUUUUAAAAGUUAAUUUGUUAAAAAAAAAUGUGAAAAUGUGGUGGUCUCGUGCUUAAUGAGUUGGAAACUGGAUCUAGCGUGGUGAGUUCUGGUCUUGGCUGUGCUAAAGAGUUGUUUCCUUGCAUAUUAAAGCAACUGUCUUUCCAUAUAGGUUUGUAAUUGGAUACCAACUUUAAUUUUACUAAAACUCAAGCUGUUCAUUCAUAUAAUACAAGACGGUCUAAUGAAAUUUGCUUACCCCUACCCAGAACAAACUGGGGUAAACAAACUUUUAUUUUUCAUGCCGCUAAAAACUGGAACAGCCUUCCAAAUGAUUUAAAAGAGUACAUAAUAUUUUAUCUAUUUUUAAAUCCAAGUUAAAAACUAUUUAAAAGAUCUCAACUAAUUUUAAACCUUGAUAUUUUUUGUAUAAUCAAAUUUAAGAUUUUAAAUUUUUUUAAAGUUUGUUUUAGUUGUAAACAUAUUUUACUUUUUUUGUAAUAAUUAAUUAAUUAGUUAGAUUAAUGCAUGAGGGCCCCACUGAAAACCGCCUUGGCGAGUUGGGCUCCCUCUAUAAAUAUUAUUAGUAUUAUUAUUAUUAUUACCAGUGUCAUACUGCUCUAGGUAACUCUUUUGGGAGUCUUAUCAGCCUGGUGGGGAUUGCGGGGUUUGUUGUAGUUGUUAAGCUUUUGGGUGCCAUGUGCUACUGAAGUCAGAAUAGGCUAUGUUAAUAAUUAUGGACCUUUCUGGCUUGCAGUUUGCCUUGGUUAAAACUUGUUGUUUGCUCAGAUAAUUAAAUGUUAUGUAAGUUGUCGAGGUGUAUUAUCUUUGUAUUUCACAUUACUAGAUUCACCAUAAAUACCUGGCUGCAGAUUUUGAUGAAGAUUUGCGAGCGAUGCUCAGACAAGCAGGUUGUAAGAACGAGAAGAUUGUCUUCAUUUUGGAUGAGUCCAACAUUUUGGAGUCAAGCUUCCUGGAAAGAAUGAACUCUCUUUUGGCGAAUGGAGAGGUAAAAAUAUAUAGAUAUGUAUUACGGAUUGAAAUAUAUGGUAGGGGAUGUUUCAAUGCUCUUCUAUUGUAAAGACCACUGUACACAAUGUCCCUUUGAAUGGGGUCUCUGUUCAAAAAUAAUUAUUUCUAAGUACCUCUCAGUAGCUCUCAUUCCACUUUCAUCUAUAAAUUAAGAACGUGGAACGAUCAUUUAUGGCUUAAUAGAUAGUGAAAGUAUCAUAUGCCACUUAACAUAUAAUUUGUUUAGAAAGUAUUCCCCAAUAUUUCAUCCGUCAGCUUUGUGUAUUUAUUGAAUCUGAUAUGUACUACAAACCUUUCAUAGCUAGUAAAGUUUUGUCCUAAAUGGAUGGAAUACGAUUGUUCAAUAAGCAUUGAUUUCCCAAUAUUCCAAUUUUGUUGUCUGUAAAUUUGGGUUUCAGGAUUGUUUGAAGGCGACAAGUACACCACACUAAUGACACAGUUCCAAGAAGGAUCGUAA